AUGGGUACAACAGCGGACGGUCGCCGAUUUCAAUUUACUCGUUCCAUUUCUGUUGUUAGUGAACAUGACUCGGAUUUCGAAGACCUGCCGGAUUUUCAAAUUGAUGGACUUGACGGACCCCCAACAGCAAGCAACACACUCGAGGGCACCGGACAAGGGGGGUUAGACUUCAAUGCUAUCCAUGCCCCACCACAGGGCUUCACCACCAUCAGAAAAAACUGCUGGAUACCAAACACUCGCAUCUUCAUUAAAAUCAUCUCUGCAGAUCGACACAAUGCCCACAUCAAAAUAUUCAAUCCGAACUUAUACACCGUUCAGGUUAUUCAUGGCGACUUUCAAUGGACAGUUCGGAGGAGAUUCAAGCACUUCGAUCAUUUACAUAGCAGUCUUAGAAACUUUCGUAUGCAACGCCGGAUUCCAUUACCAACCAAAUCUCGAUAUGAGAAAAGGAAAAGUGUGCAAGGAAGACGAAACCGUAUACCAAGAUUCCCAAAGAAGCCUGAGGUUAUUGUUCGUGAUAUUGACAAAAGAAGGAGACACCUUGAAGAAUAUCUUCAAAACUUGGUCGACAUACCUACGUAUCGGGAUCAUUUUGAAACGAUGAAAUUUCUGGAAGUAAGCCAGCUGUCAUUUGUUAAGAAGCUAGGGAAGAAGUACAAAGAGGGAACCAUUAUGAAGUGUUCUGGGGGACGGCAUAUUAGUAUCGGAUGUUGUGGCUGUCUCAAGAAGUUUCACUUGGCGGGGCGCUGGAACAAACGAUGGCUUAUUGUGAAGGAUGGAUUUGUUGCUUACAUCCGACCACGAGACGGACGUAUUUGUGAUGUCAUGUUGAUGGAUCGUGACUUCUGUGUCAACAUCGGCAUGGGAACAACUGGGGCACAUCAUGGGCUUCUCAUCACAAAUUUAAAUAGAAAUCUGUUAGCCAAGUGUUGGACUAGAAGGAAGGCGGAGGAAUGGAAGAGGAAUAUUGAGGAGGCUGCAAAGACAACUGGGAAAGACUACACCCAGGAAAACCGAUUCCAGUCUUUUGCCCCUAUCAGGGAUCCAUCUUAUGCUAAAUGGUUUGUGGAUGGUGAUUCCUAUUUCUCAGCUGUGGGGGAUGCUCUAGAAAGUGCCAAAGAAGAAAUCUACAUCACAGAUUGGUGGUUAAGCCCACAAGUAUAUCUCAAGCGCCCUGCUGAUGGCAACACCUGGAGACUGGACAUCCUGUUGGAAAGAAAAGCUAAACAAGGAGUCAAAAUCUUUAUCCUGUUAUAUAAAGAAAUGUCAAUGGCGGUUAAUCUGCAGAGUACCUACAGUAAACGUAUACUUAUGGGUAAAUGUCCAGAAAACAUUAAGGUAAUGCGCCACCCUGAUCACAUUGGAAGUGGCGUCUUACUCUGGGCUCACCAUGAAAAGCUGGUUGUUGUCGACCAAAAGAUCGCAUUUGUCGGUGGAAUUGAUCUCUGUUAUGGACGCUGGGAUGAUGAUCAGCAUAAACUGACUGACCUUGGCUGUAUUGUCUAUGAAUCAAACAAUCAGAAAUCACAAAAGGAGACAAAGGUAAAGUUUCAAUCUCAAGAAAAUGGGAAUGAGGAAGACAUUUUGAAUCAGUCAGGAAUUUCACUAAAAAUUAGUCCUCCAAGUCCAGUCAUAUCUCCUACCCAAGAGGAAGCACCAAUCAUUCCACCACAAGGGGGCAGCACUGAUCAUGAACAGGAAGUGAAUAAACCAGAAGUUACUCCAGUAAACAAAGAGGUAGAGAAAACAGAUACAGAUGAUGGAAAUGAUUCAGAGGAGUGUAGCUGUCACAAAUGUCGAACUUCUGAAAAUCGUCAUAGUUAUUCAAACUCUUCUAUGGAUGAGGAAGAAUAUUCAUCUUUGUUGAAAUCUGAGAAAAAGAUUGAUACAAAUAAGGAAACUUCAAACUCAGACAAUCAGGAGGUGAUCAAGGCCUUAAUACAUCACGAUAGCCAAGGGUCAAAGCCACUUAAUGAAGGGUCAGCGGUCAAUGAAACCAUUGAUCCAGCAGGUGCUGUGAAGAAUGGAAAAGUUGAUGUGUUGUCUGCUCAGCAGGAAGAAGAGGAGCAGGUAGAGAAAGGAAAGUCAACAGACCGUAUCAAAUUAAUGUCUAAGAAAAACAAGGACAGUGAAAAAUGUGACCAAAGUAAAAAAGUGAACUUUUGUGAAGGGAAUGCUGUGAAAAAUGAUAAUGUUAGUGGUGCUGGCACUGCAAGUCCUCCCAAACGUCAUCUUUGGAAUUUUGGUGGUAAGAGGUCUUCUGGUCUUAAAACAAGUAAAAAUUUGGAAUUCUCAGGUGAUGCUGUUGAUAAAUUAACAGAUGUACAACUAGAGGACAAGAAUGUGGAAUUGAAAAGUUACAAACGAACAACUUCUUCAGGUAAGUAUGUUGUGGAUGAGAAUGGUGACUCUCAUCUGAUCCAGGAAGAAGAUGAAACGGCAACAAUGAGACAAAACAAUGAAUCUCAGGGAGGAGGUACAACAGACAGCAGAGGUAGGGAUAGUUGGGCAAUCAGAAAACUGCGACGAUCUUUGCACAGACACCGAGAACAAAACAACAACGAUGGUGAUCAGACAGACUCGGGUGAGGACAGCGAUCAUUUAAUGCGAAAAUGGAAACUUGUUCUGAAUAUACAAAAAUUUGAGUCAGCUGUUCGACGGCCACAAGAAAAAACACCUCUAGAAGAUAGAUCGCCUCAUUCACCGGCUCGGCUAAGAGAUAAAAUUAGAAACAAUUUACAAGAACGGUUCAAAAGCCAUCACCAUCGUGACAGUCUCACAAGUUUGGAUGAAAUGUACACCACAGAUGAGUUAAAACCUAGUGAGCUUAAACGCACCAGCAGUGAAAUCAACAUUGAUGAGCUUGGCUUAAAGAGAUCAUCCAAGCGCUGGAUUGGCAAAGACUAUGUCAACUUUAUAUUCAAGGAUUUUCAGAACCUGGAAAAACCCUUUGAAGAUUUCAUCGAUAGAUCUGCCACUCCCAGAAUGCCCUGGCAUGAUAUAGCAUCGGUAGUAUACGGAAAGGCCGCAAGGGAUGUAGCGAGGCAUUUUAUUGGACGUUGGAAUUUCACAAAGGUGGAGAAAGCGAAAAACAACCAUGAUUAUCCUCUGCUUCUGCCUAAAGCUUACGGGCAGAACUACAGGAUCCCACAACUUGUCCUUGACCUUUGCGAUGAGGUCAAAACACAGAUUCUCAGAAGUGGGUGUGCAUGGUCAUGUGGUGUUAGGGCGACGGAAAAUUCUAUCCAUGAGGCAUAUGUGAGCUGUAUACAGAAUGCUAAGCAUUAUGUAUACAUAGAGAACCAAUUUUUCAUUAGCUUGAUAGGAGAGAACGCCACAGUGAAGAAUAAGAUAUCUGAUACACUCUUCAAGAGGAUAGUUAAAGCUCACAAAGAGCAGACAACUUUCCGUGUUUAUGUUGUGAUGCCAUUACUUCCGGCGUUUGAGGGAAACAUUGCAGAUUCUGGAGGUUAUGCGAUCAAGGCCAUUACACAUUGGAACUACCUCUCUAUCGCCAAGGGACCUAACUCUAUCUGGCAAAGACUAGUCAAAGAAGUGAUUGACCCACUGAAGUAUAUUGUAUUCUGCGGGCUACGGACACAUGAUGUGUUGAGUGAAAAACUCGUGACUGAGCUAGUAUAUGUACACAGCAAAUUGAUGAUAGUUGAUGAUGACACUGUAAUUAUUGGAUCCGCCAACAUCAAUGACCGAAGCAUGUCAGGGGAGAGAGAUAGUGAAGUCGCCAUUCUUGUAGAGGACAUUCACAAAACUGACGUCAAUUUCAAUGGACGUGUUCAUCGUGUUGGCAAAUUUGCUUCCUCACUACGCAAGAAAAUUUUCAGUGAACACCUGGGUAUACCUCGAGGGGACCCCUUGCUUGAUGACCCAGUGUGUGACAAGUUCUAUAAAAGCACAUGGAUACAGCAAGCCACCGUCAACACUACUAUGUUCCAAAAGGUUUUUAACUGCUUCCCGGACGACAGGAUCCUGUCAUAUGCAGAGUUUGAAGAAUACCAGAAGCAGACAGUCCUUGCGGAAUCUGAUCCACAGGAAGCAAAUAAAUUAUUGUCUAAGGUUAAAGGUUAUGUUGUCUUGGUGCCAUUAAACUUUUUGAAAAAUGAGAAUUCUAUCGUUCCAGUUGGAAGGGAAUCAUUGCUGCCUAAUUCUGUUUGGGUAUGAAUGCUGACAAUGGAUUAU